GCUGUCAGUUAUCGAAAAUAGUGGAAUAUGUGAGGCACGUGGACAAAUUUUGUUAUUGUUUUCAGUUUAACUUUGUAGUUCCAAUGCGGUGGUGAGCUUAGAUGGUUAUUUUUUUCAACUAACACCGGGUGUUUGACAACGUGGGAUUUCCAAAUUCUUUGGAUGGAGUUUUGAAGAAAUAACUAGUUCAGAAGGAGUUUCCUCUCAUACUCAAAUGAACCUAUGACUCAUCCCGCCUUCAAAACUACAUGUCACUGAAAAUAACCUUCAACCCGACGAGGCUGAUCAAUAAACUCAGACUGAUAAUACAAAAAGCAACAAUGGAGGACAGCCAACAACGUGAGAUGAGCAACGAGUACACAGAAGUAUACCGCCGAGUACCCCUUAGAAUACAGCUUGCCUACAGCAUAGGACACGUACUAAACGACGUGUGCGCCUCCAUGUGGUUCACAUACCUCCUAGUAUUCUUUCACCUAGUCUUAGAAUUCAACAAUUGGGAGACGGGAUUCAUGCUCCUGGUGGGUCAAGUAGCUGAUGCCCUAGCAACGCCGUUUGUAGGCUACCACUCUGACCAGACAGACAACUUCUCGUUCUGCACCUACGGCAAAAGAAAAAUCUGGCAUCUCUUCGGCACAGUAUGCGUCUUGCUCUCGUUUCCUUUUAUAUUCUCCCCUUGCAUAGACUGCUCCCAAAGCCACGAUUGGGCUCAGAUGUUCUACUACUCCAUGUUUAUAAUAAUCUUCCAGAUCGGCUGGGCUGCCGUGCAAAUCUCUCACUUGUCUCUCAUACCGGAGUUGACACCCAACGAGCAUGAUCGCACAAGGCUAACAGCGAUGCGGUACUCCUUUACGGUGGUGUCCAACGUACUGGUUUACGUAGUUACCUGGGUGGUGCUGCACAUGAACAACGGUGAAAGUUCAAAGAUCGGUCCAGGCGAUGGCCCCAAGUUCCAACACGUAGUUUGGUCUGUGUUAUCCUUCGGAAGCCUGUGCUCGGUGCUUUUCCAUCUGUUCAUCAAAGAGCACGAGAACGGAGUCGGAAACAACGUGAGAGGCGGGCAGCUGAGAACCAGCGUGGGGGACUUGCUACGAGAUCUUCAGGUUUACCAGAUAGCUGUCGUUUACAUGUCGUCGCGAUUAUUCGUCAACUUGACGCAAGUUUUCGUUCCCCUGUACCUACACGAGACUCUUGACAUGGCGGCGAGUUCUCUGGCUCUAGUGCCGUUGAUAAUGUUCAUCGGCAGCUUUUUCACCUCUCUGAUCAUAGAACGAGUUAACCGAUGUCUCGGUAGGAAACUGACCUACUUCUUGGGUGCGCUCUUAGGAGUGGUAGCUUGUAUCUGGAUCAAAUUUGGCCAGGGAAGUUACUACGUCGAUUACUACAUUUAUGUCGUAGCCUUACUGAUAGGCUCCGCCGGGUCUAUCGUUCUGGUUACCAGUCUGGGUGUGACUACGGAUUUCAUAGGUGAGAAGACGAACAGUGGAGCAUUCGUGUAUGGUAUAAUGAGUUUCACGGACAAGUUGGCCAACGGUAUAGCAGUCGUCAUUAUCCAAUAUUUACAUAAAGACGUCACGAACAUUACAUACUAUAGGGAUGUUUUGACGAAUGUUUGUGGGGUGUCCGUAGCUGUGGGGGCCUUGGCUGUGAUAGGAUUCUCAUGCAGAAGAAGAAGAAGAAGAUAUACUCUAGUGUCCAAUACGGUCACUGGUUAUAACUCUAUAAAUACUUAAAUUAAUGAAUAGGAGCAUACCCGUUUAUGCAGGGUAGAAUGUGAUAUCAUUUUAUAUAUAAAUUUUUAUGUAAUUUUCUCUGGGCACAUGACAUUGAAAUCAAAUACACAGAUAGAUAAGAUUUUGAGAUUAUACCAAAAACUAUACAUUUUA